CCCGCAGACCUCGCCGCACUUUUCCUUCGGUUAGCUGUUUUUAGGAUUUGACUGAAGCAGGCGUUCUUUUCGAGUCCUGCUCUUGCUUCAAACUUUCCGGCUUGAAAAUGGCCAAAAAUGUACAGCAACCUCAGCUGAAGUGCUUGCACUUCUACGACAAAUUGUUUUGCUGCGCCGAUCGCAAAGGCAGGAUCCCGCUUGCCAUCGAUCCCAUCAAAAGGGACGCAUGUCUUGAUCCUCUUCUGAAAGGAGUGAUCAACCGAGCACAAAGAUCGAAGAAAGCAGAUGGAAUUGAUCUGCUUGCGGACAUCACUGAAACCUUGUGGGAGCACAUGGAUCGUGGUAACUUGGUCGGCCAACCAAGCAACUUAUCUUGGUUUGCAGUUUUCCGAGCUGCCAUGCUCUUCAGCGAACGUCUGCAAGGCAAACAAGCCAAGGACCAGCGCAAAAUUACCUUGGCAGCAAUAAAAUGCCUCAACUUGGACGAGCCCUAUCGGACGAGCUUGACCAGGGCCAUGGACGUCCAAGUCCAGACUUUCAACUCGGCCAUCGCCCCAUUUCUCAAAUCGAACGACUUCUCCGACGUGCACAAAUAUGCAGAAUUUUUGCCCGAAUGCACUUUGGACGUGGCUUCGGCAAUCUCAAAGAUGCUAAACCUGGCGAUCCAGGUGUCAGGACUGAAGGUCCUGGAAAAGACGAGAGAUAACUUUGCCGUCGCUCUGCCCUUCCUCAUCCGGGUGAAUAACAGACCUGUCGGAUGGUUCAAGGUCAUUUUCUACAUGUACCGCCAAGUGUCCAAGGCUGCCCAGCAGGCGAUGCUCGAUAGCAUAACGACGUCCCUGAGCUACAUAGAAGCUGCGAAGGUUGGCCUGCGGAUUCGGGAGAAGAGCGUGGUGCACAAUGCCCACCGCCUCCUGGCCAGGCCACUGACAACCAGGGUGGUUCAGUCCGCUGUCAUAACUAGCCCCAUCAGCUUCAUGUUAGAGCUGCCCUUCCAGCAGCUGCUGUCUUUGAUGGACGCGCAAAUGGACGAGUGUCCGGGCUCGCCGCUCUUCACCUUAAUGGACCCCAACCAACUCUUCUCUCUCAUCACUGAGCUCAUAACGAAGGAGUUCUUCGGCUUCAAUCUGCGAGCCGGAAUUCUGCAGCGGCUCUACUGCUACCUUGUGAAUCCCACCUAUCACAUGACCUUUUAUGCUGUCAUGGCCACCGAGUGGGCCUUGUACUUGAACACGAGCGCCCUGGCCAAGGUCGAGCUGGCCAUUCGCUGGUGCGAGCUGGAACGCGUCCGGCAUGUGAGUGCAGUCAAAACUUUGAGCUGGAUUCCGGCAAUCGUCAAGAAUUGUCUCCGGUUGCGCCUCACCAAGUCAACCCCCUUGGACCACAGCCCUGUUGGCAAGCAGCUGCUUGAUUUUUACUUGGAGCAAACUGCGAGCUACCCGUCCUGGGACACUGACUUUGACAGAUUCACUCAGCAUGUGAAACUGCUCAUCAGCGACAGUUGCUCAGCUCAUCAGAUUUCUGCUCCCAAACUGAAAGAAGAGUUGAAUUUCCAAACUGAAGAAGAAAUCAACUACUUCUUGGAUAACCAGUUCUUUGAUCAUGCAUUGCGCAUAAACCACAAAGGCCAGUUGAUGGAGUGGCCCAAAUCAUAUGAAGUGGAUUUCUCCUCCGGUGUCUUCCCCACGUACAACCCUCCUGAAAAACCUGAACUUCCUUUGAUUUCGGUUCCUGCAGGCACUGCCGUGCCGCAAGAGGAUGCGCCCGUGGAUGAGGACGACUGGGAACAUGUGUCGAAAGACUUGAACCCACUCCUGUUUGAUUCUCUGGUUUACGAAGACGACAGUGAUGGCCAAGCCUCCGAAUCAGAAUCCGACGGUGGCGACCAGGGAGAGGAUGAAGAGGCUGUCACCCCUCCAGUGGCCAAUGUGGACCCUGUUGUCCUCCUGACUCCACUUGUGGUCCCCGAAGACAAAGAGGAGGAUGCCGAAGAAGAGGCACCUCACUCCGAUGCUGAGGAACAGCGUGACCAAGAAAAUUCCUCCACUCGUGAGACCCGCGACGAGGAAGUUGACGGCCCUGAAGAACAGGCUUCUCAGGGUGAUGCGCCUGAGGAGGAAGAGGGCGACGUUGGGGUUCAGCAGGCGAAUGACGAGGCUGUGACCCCUCCUGUGGUCAAUAUGGACCCUGUUGUCAUCCUGGUUCGUCUUGUGGUCCCUGAACUCGAAACUGAAGACAAAGAGGAGGAUGCCGAAGAAGAGGCACCUCACUCCGAUGCUGAGGAACAGCUUGACCAAGAAAAUUCCUCCACUCGUGAGACCCGCGAUGAGGAAGUGGACGGCAGGGACCCUGAAGAUGAUGCUCCUGAGGAGGAAGAGGGCGACCAGGUUGGGGAUCAGCAGGCGGAUGGCGUGGCUGUGACCCCUCCUGUGGCCAAUAUGAACCCUGUUGUCAUCCUGGUUCGUCUUGUGGUCCCCGAACUCGAAACUGAAGACAAAGAGGAGGAGGCCGAGCAAGAAGAGGCACCUGACUCUGAUGCUGAACUGCCCGACCCCAAAGCCAUCGACCAGGAAAAAACUCCGGCCAAGGUCGCACCUUCGGCAGCAGCGCCUCCGAAACCGAAAAAGAGGGUGGCCCAGGUUCUUGAGGACACUCCCGAGGAGGUCACUGGCGUUGUGACCAGGAGCAGGGCCAAGGCCAGAAAGAUCGAGCCCCUUUGCCUUAACGAGCCUCCGAAGAGGGCUAGGAAGCGCCGUUCCGACCCCACUGCAGUCCCCAAGGUGGCCAAGGAAGGUCCCAAGAAUAAGCGGGGAAGGAAGACCAAAGUGAGGCCAGUUUCUCAGGCUCCUCGCGCCCUUCAAGCCAAUGGGCAGCCGAUCGAGCGCAGAAAGAGGAAGCACUGGCAGCCGGAUCCAAUUGAUGUCUUGCCCGGAGACCGAUCGAGCAACAAACGUCGGGCUGCAUUGGACGCCAAGGAGACCAUCGGCUACUGCCUCAGGCCGGGGGCCAACAUGGCCCUCUUCCGUCGCCACUGACUCGACGGACACCCAAGCCCCAACAAAAGAUGAACUAUUAGGAUAAAAAACCAAGGCAAUUUACUCCAACAUGCUCAUUGUGCUCAGACACAAAAGCCAGACCCAGAGCUGUGCUUUUCCGAAAAAUGGACAGCAAAUGUCAACUCUGUGCAUCAUUCUUGUUCUCACUAUUGAACAAGGAGUUUGGCUCUCGAACAACCAAUUGAGAUAAAGAGAGCACGGUUUGACACUUCGCAACCCUCUCAGCAAGGGUGCCUUUUUGUGGAAUCAGAACACAUUUCUGAUCAAGCGCAUUAUUUGGCACCACCAGCACUUCAGAGAGGAUGGCGAGGAUGGUCCGCAGCUUGAUAAGUACAAAACCACAUCAUUAGUUUUAGUUUUAAUUGGCUGCCGAGUUUAUGAUUAUUGUGAGGAGUCAAAUCCUUAUAAAAAUUGACUAACUUCAAACGUUACUCAUAGAGGAAUUAAAAAUUGAAAAAAAUAUAUAAAGCGAAAGUUAAAAAAAAUUAAAAAACAUAAAAAAUUAACAGAAAAAAUUUCUAAAAAUUAAAAAAUAAAUAAAAAUAGUAGCAAUUAUUUUGAUCACAAUUUUGGGAUAGUAUUUAGUUAUAGAUGGAGCUGAGUUUUAUUUUGCAAAUUUUUAUACUUUUUCAUUAGCAAAACUUGUAUAAUAAUCUUUAUGAAAGUAGGAUUUUGCCUUUAAGUUUAGCCCUAAAGUUUAGGUUGAAUUGAAACUGUGCUGCUCUUACGGUCAAUGAAAUUAGGCGCAAAGACAUUAUUGACAUUGCUUAAUCUUCGCAAGUUAUUAAAAUAAUAACAAAAAUGAGCAGAGCGGGUCUCAAAAAGACGCCCGAAAUAUUAGCACAGAAAAAAACCAUGAGCUUGUAAAUAUACUGUUUUCCCCACUCGGCAGCCAUUGAUUCCCCUUAAUUUGUAAUUUCUUGUAAAUAUUUUGCUGUAUUUUUGUAUAUAUUUUACAUAAUUAUCCGAAUAACGGCCGCGCUGAUUACUGGUUCAAUAGUUUUUAAGGCGUCUCAUUUAUCAGGUAUUGGAAAACAAUUUAAAUUUUACACAAGAUUAUUUUAUUCUCGCUGUCAGUUUCGAGGUCAAGC